AUUCCCAAUCGGCGAGUGGAAAAAGAGGAAAUUUAGGCGCCAGACGCGCACGCCGUCCCGCGAAGAAGACAAUAAUAACGAACGGCGCUGGCGGCGCGUCGUAAAUAAUACGCAACGCAACGCGGGUACGCGGGCACCGCCGAUGAUGCCAAUAAUGCUGACAAGAAACUGCGUAAGCACACACUCUGUAUACGGACACGGCACCGGCAACACAUUGGCGACGGACGGUCCGUGCGUACAGAAACACGGACACCCAUACACGGCCGACAUUUACACUAGGAGAUACAGAUACACAACGAGAUACAUCAGUUUGAAUCAGACCGGAGAGCGAAUAGGGUGACCACAACGACGACACACAAGACGAACGACACGCACCAAACGAAAAGUUUUACAGACUGGAAUCAGUCGUGUGAAUUUCUUCGGCGCGAUCGCUCUGCCGCAAGAGGUGCCGACUUUCCAACAUUUGAAUUUGUGCGCGCACAAGUGCGAAAUAAAUGAUUCCUCCCGCGGCGGUCGUCAUUUUUAAAUUUAAGUUGCGCGCGACCAACAGCGAAGUGGAGCAGAUGCAAGGUGCAAGGGGCGUUCGCGGAUUAAUCAUGUCCACGCUGCUGCUGUCCCUGCUGGGGGUGUCGUCCAUCGCGAUUCAGCAAUGUGCCGUGUGGCGCGAGAUUGCGCCAUGCACCUGCAAGAAGGAGUACACCUCCAAGAUCUCGGUGACAUGCAUGAAGAUGGAAUCGUUCGGGCAGGUUGUCUCGCUGCUCCAGAACAAGUUCCAGCCGAAGGAUCGGAUCAUUCUGAGCAUCGGGGAGUCCAACCUCUCCGACCUGGGGGACCGCAGCUUCAAAGAGCUAAACAUGACAAUCGAAGACUUGAAACUCAAUCACAACGAGCUAAGUGAAUUAACAUCAUUUACAUUUUCGGGAUUGCAACAUGUCAGCUAUAUGAGCCUCGCGGAUAAUCCGAUACCCGAUAUGCCGGUGCAAGUUUUUGAGAUGAUGCCAAAAAUAAAAACGUUGGACAUCGGGCGCAUGCAUCUUAAAAAACUCCCCGAGGAAAGUUUCAGAAGUUUACCGCUUUUGGAUACCUUGGUACUGCCCGGCAACCAAAUCUAUCGAAUCGACACGCAUGCUAUACCGCCGACGACCAUCAAACUGCAUCUUGCGCGAAAUGCGAUUAGGGAUCUAAAUGGUUCCCUGCGCCAUCUGACUGAUCUCCAAUGGCUCUUCCUGAAUACCAACGAACUGACCUCGCUGGAUGGAGAAUUGCCCAUCAAUGGCAUAAAGAUUCUUAUGUUGCACGCGGCGAACAACAGUCUUACCAACAUCCCUCAGGAUAUAAAAGCCUAUCCGAAUUUGGAUAAUCUUUUCUUGCAGAACAAUCUAAUAACGGCACUGGAUGGCGCGCUAAGCAAAAGUCGAAAGUUAGAACGGGUGCAUUUAGAAAACAAUCGAAUUUCUAGGUUGCUUCCAGACGAUUUCGAAGAAACGGAGAAUUUGCAAGUACUCGAAUUGCAGAACAACUUGAUCACGUCCCUCAACAGCUCCCUGUUGCCACUGAAGCGCCUCCGAUCUCUCAAUUUGACGCACAAUAUGCUCAACGAGUUUUCCUGGCACGAAGUCAGGACGCUGACGGAAUUGCGCCACUUGGACUUAUCUUCGAACAAGAUCAGGCAUCUCAGCGGAAUGACGCCAAAUAUGGUCGAAUGGGAGACGAAGUUGACGAAUCUUCGCUUGGACAACAAUCAACUGCAUUCAUUGAAUGGCGCCCUCUCGGGUUUGCGCAGCCUGCUGCGUUUAAAUCUGAGCUGCAACAGUCUCUCACGCAUCUCGCCGGACGAUCUCAUUGGAUUGGAUUCGCUCACCAUGCUGGACAUAUCGCACAAUCAAUUGACAACACUCGAGGAGACAAGCAAGACUUUCUUGCCUGCGCUGCAAGAGCUGCUGGCGUCGGACAACUACCUUACCAUGCUGGACAAAGAUUUUCAUGGGUUGCCCGUUUUAUGCUGGGCUGAUUUAUCAAACAAUCAAAUUGUAGCAUUGGGGCGUGAUUUGGUCAGCAAGACACACUGCCGAAUACAUGAUGGCGUACAUGAGUCUAACUUUGGAACGCUUAAGAUUUACCUGAAAGAUAAUCCGAUUCUAUGCGAUGCCGCUCUUCCCGAAAUUACCUCUUCAAUGGAAGUCAACCAUACUAAGAUUGUGGGUGUCUCGCAUUGUCCACCCUUGAGCGAGCAGCCAGUCACAAGCAAACCCAAUGCCUUCCUCGGCUACAUACCAGAAGUGACCACACCGCAAACCGUGUUACCUAUUCAAAAUGAGCCCAUUUACAAAGUCGAGUCGAACAACGACGCGCGCAAUCUGCAAGACCUGAACUAUCCUUCAAUAGGUGAACACGAGUUUGUGCCGAUGCGACAUGGUAAACACCUACAUCGUCCGUUGGACACGCCACUUCCCUAUCAGAAAUACAACAAUCCGAAUCACGUUGUUAUGAGCCACGCUCCGAAUCCAAUUCAACAACAGCAGCCCGAACUCACACCUAUACGAGACACUUACAACAAACAUCAACCGGAAACCCACCAGCCACAGAAUUACGAACAACAAUAUCAACAACCCGUACAAAUUCAUGAACCUGUCAACGCAUUGCCAGCAAUAGUCCCCGAAAAUCAAACUCGUGCCCAUGAUGAACCCACAUUGGAUGAUCAACCAAGCGUGUCAAUGAUCACGGAAUUACCAAUGAAGGAUCAAGCUAUUUACACCAAUGUAGAUCCACACGUACAGCAGUUGCAGAUUAGCGAACUUGCUUCAGAACUAGUACAGCUCCGCUCGCGGGUGCAAGAAUUGCAAUCAGAAAACGCACGUUUAACAAUGAAUCUCCGCAGUAGUUUGCCCGGCGUUGAUCAACCCAACAAUCCACACGAUAAUGAUAGUAACAAGAACGCAGUAAUCAAAACUGUUGACGAAGAGAAUAACAACGAGCGGAUAAUCUAUGAAGAACCCCGCAAAUAAUGCCGCUGCAGUUACAGCAAGCAGGAGAACCCGAACAAGUUGCCCAAGUGGAAGACCAGAUGCACGAGCAGGCCGAGGAAAUUCAUGUACACGAACGCACAGAAACUUAACUCUGGCGUGCAAUCGGUCGAAAUAAUUUUAUACAGCGAUGAUUGACUAAAAAAGCGAUUAUUAUAAUUGGAUGACAAUUAUGAAGUGACCCGAGAUGGUCACAACGAGAGUUUAAAAAUAACCUCCACCCAAAAAGGAAAUGAAAUUUCUAAAACAUGUAGCCUUCGUGUGCCUUCAUUAUCAGUUGAUAAGUAAAUAACAAUUAACAUAACGAUAGAUUAGAUUUUUAUAUAGAAAGCUAUGAAAAGGGAUAAAAAGAAACGGAGAGCAGUUUGCAUCGACAAUUGAUUAACUUAUUUAGAGAAUUUAUAUAUAACUAGUCACUACUUUAACUACUGGUAACUGAUCGAUUAAUUCCACUCCUAUUAAUAGAACUACGUGAUCGAUAAUUAAGAUUACGAUAAAGAGGACAAACAAACUACAAGUUAUUAUGAGUAUUUUAAAGUUUUAAAUAUAACCGUUAACAUUUUUUAACUUGUUAAUGUGAAGCAAUGGAAUUUCAUUUAGGUGUUAUCGGCGAGCAGGAGGAUGCUGUGGGUCUAUUUAAUUGAUUUCGUUAGUUAAAAGACUGUAAAUAUGAUGAAUUAUAGAACGUUAUUAAGAAAUACUUUAGUGGAAAUAGUUGAUUCAAGGACGUGCAGAUCUGGAUUUAAUAUUGUUCAUUGAAUUUGCAGUCAUACAAAUUUGUUCGAGCAAGAACUGGGAACGCGCAUUUAGUUAUUAUUAUUUUUAUUUGGUUUAGUUAAGAAGAGUUGAUAGAAAUAUUAUUUUUAUGUAAAUAGCUUUAACACUUUCCCUAGAUUCCUAGGUUUUGAGUUAUGAUCGAAUUACUCCUUCAUUUUUAUUUUCUUUGAAAUGUCAUCAAAUGAACAUGUUGGGCAGACGUGGCACUAGAAACACUGCAAAAGGCUAUAGCGAAAUAGUUUUAUUGAACCGUUGAUAAUGAAUCACAAACAUGUUUGUGUAUUAUAGUAACAUUGUACUUUUCUGUGUGGUAUAUUUAUGUUAUAUUGUAUAUGAAUUUUCGUUAGAUUUUAAUAAAGUUAGAUGUGACACGA